UGCCAAAUGAUAGAUAAUAGAUAUCUGAAGCAAAUACGGACAAAACAAAAAAGGUUUUAAAAACGACAACAAAAGAAAGUUAAAGGUCCCGCAAUAGAUUGAACUUACAGUCAAGGCGAGCGACCAUUCGAACCUCGAUCUCAAUGAAAAAGAGAAAGACUGGAUCUAGUACGUCAGACGAACGCGCUGCCCGGUAUCCAAGAUGGCGGAUAGUUUAUACUCCGUAGAUGUUCUAAAGAAAUUCAAAGUUGUAGAGCUAAAGGCAAAGUUACAAGAGCUUGRAUUACCACUAUCAGGGCUUAAAGUCGAUCUAGUGGAAAGACUUCAUAAUUACUAUGUCAAGGAAGCAGAGUUACAGUCACUAGAAGAGCAAAGAGGUGAUACAGAAGCAGAAGAGCUACAACAAGAGAGAGAAGAAAACAUAGAAAGAGAACAACCAGCUGAGCACACUGAACCAGCAACACAACAAGAUAUACAAAAACCUGAUGAUACUUCAUUAAAAGAACCUGAGCCAGAUGUUACAGCAAAGGAGCAAGAAACAUGUGAUACUGAUGAUACUGCUGCUGUUGAUGCCGCUGCUGCUGCUGAAGAAGAAGAACGACAAAAACUAYUUCUACAGCAACAAAUGCAGCAGCAAAAACAAUUGCAGCUACAGCAGCAACAAUUAAURGAGGAACAAAUUAAGCUACAGCAACAACAACAACUGCAGCAACAAAUAAAUAAACGACAACUAGAACAGGAAAUACUACAGCAACAACUAAUGCAGGAGCAGUUACAUCAACAAAUACAACAGCAGAAACAGAUGCAACAAAACCUUGAGGAAUCCAGUACUGAAAACCAAGAGCACCAAAAGAGUUCUAAAGAAUUAGAAACUAGCAGCUCUGGGAGAAUAGAAGAACAACCAGAAGCGUUAUCUGGCAGCACAGAUGAUAUUCCAUCUUCCCUGGAUCACGAUGACACUGAACCUCRUCCACCCAAAGAAGCUGAACAGCAAAAUGAAGCUGAAGAAUUAGUGUCAAGGCAAAUAGAAAUUGAGCCUGAGGCAAUGGAAGAAGCACAGCCAUCACCGUCAGAAGAAAAAGCUGAAGAAGGGUCACAAGAUGAAGAAACGUCUCUGUCUAAUGAAAGAAUAAGUAGUGAUAUAUCUGAAAGAAGAGAGCAAGAACUUUCAGUUGUUGAAGAAGAAGAUAAAGAACCAGCACAGAAAUCUGUUGAGCCCCAACAAAAAAGCAAGAAGAAAAAAAAGAAGAAGAAACGAAGAAAACAACCAAGAGAGGAAAAAGAAUAUGCUAUUGAAGAGGAAGAAGAUAAAGUAGAAGUCGAAUAUAUCUCAGAAAAAAUGGAAUUCACUAACCCUUUUUUCAGAUCUUUUUCUGAAAUAUUUGAAAAGUUCAAGAUAUCAGUACCAGAGGAAUCUGCAGACAAGAAAAAGGGUGAAGGCAAAAAAGAAGAGACAGCUGAAGCAAAGAAGCAAGAUGUUAGAGAUCCCUUACGAGGAGACGACGAUGAUGAUGAUGACGAUGAUGAUGAAACAGAGAAACCUGCAGAUUCUGAUGAGCCAAAACUGUCAAAGAAAAAACUCAAGAAAAUGAAAAGACUUUCAGUUGCACAGCUUAAACUAUUGGUAGACAGACCAGAUCUGGUGGAGAUGCAUGAUGUCAAUGCUCCUGAUCCAAAGUUUUUGAUCUUUUUGAAGUCAUGUAGAAAUACUGUUCCCGUUCCUCGACAUUGGUGCUUUAAGAGAAAGUACUUACAGGGUAAACGUGGUAUUGUGAAGCCUCCAUAUGAACUACCUGAGUUUAUUAAGAAAACAGGAAUAAUGGAAAUGAGAGAGGCCAUGCAAGAAAAGGAAGACCAGAAGGGACUGAAGGCUAAAAUGAGAGAAAAGAUUCGACCAAAGAUGGGAAAGAUUAACAUAGACUACAAGAAGAUGCAUGAUGCAUUUUUCAAGUGGCAAACUAAACCCAAGUUAACCAUUCAUGGAGACUUAUAUUAUGAGGGGAAAGAGUUUGAAACAAAACUGAAAGAAAAGAAGCCRGGUGACUUGUCUGAUGAUCUCAAGGCAGCUCUAGGAAUGCCAACAGGACCAGGAAGCCAUACUGUACCUCCCCCUUGGCUGAUUGCCAUGCAAAGAUAUGGUCCUCCACCAUSCUACCCUAAUCUAAAAAUACCUGGACUGAAUGCACCCAUCCCGGAAGGAGCAUCAUUUGGAUAUCAUGCAGGAGGAUGGGGAAAACCCCCGGUUGACGAGACUGGCAGACCCCUGUAUGGAGAUGUGUUUGGUGUWCAAUCACUAGACCAACCUGUAGAAGAGGAAGAAGAUGGUCUAUUACGAAGGCACUGGGGUGAAGUGGAAUCAGAGGAAGAAUCAGAAGAAGAAUCAGAGGAGUCAGAAUCAGAAGAAGAAGACACCACAGGAUUAAUAACACCAGCCGCUACUGGCUUAGUGACACCCAGUGGAUUGACAUCUAUUCCUGCUGGUAUGGAAACCCCUGACAUGAUAGAGCUCAGGAAGAAGAAAUCUAUUGAAGAAGCAAUGGAAGCAGGAGCYGAGCAGCCAUCACUCUACACCAUGAUACCAGAGAAGAAGAUCAGUGUUGGUGCUGCUAUGAUGGGAUCAGCCCAUGUCUAUGACAUUCCAGGAGCAGCUCCAAUGGUCUCCAGAAAGGCUGGAGGUGCUGCGGCUGAUGGAGUUGAAGUUGCACUCGAUCCUAGUGAGUUGGAGCUUGAUCCUGCAGCCAUGCAGGCAAGAUAUGAUGAACAAAUUAAAGAAAGAGAAAGUCAAAUUCGCAAGGAAGAUUUGAGUGACAUGGUUGCUGAACAUGCUGCCAAGCAGAAGAAACGAAAAAAAGCCACAGACAGUGGAAAAGCUGCCAAGAAAUACAAGGAUUUCAAGUUCUAAGGCUUGUGUUUGURUAUAUAAUAAUUGGUGUAUGUUCAUAAUUUGUUUACAAUGUACAGAUCACUCAGUCCUGCAAAUACUUUUUUCUUCGCAUUUUCUACCCCAUGUAGAACGUAAUUCAUUCCAAAACAUUUUUCAAUGAAAAAAUCAAAGUGCAUAAACACUGAUCAUUCAAGAUAAUUUCUCAAAAGAACUAAUUAAGUGCAGCUUCUUUAACAUUAAACUUAGUAAAAUUCAGAGCUGCAGUUUUUAUCUAAUAUAGCAUUUUGUGAAUUCAAGUCAGUUACCCAAAAAAGCUUUUUUUCUACUUUUCUUUGAUCUCUUCAUGGCUUUUUGGGUGGCCAUAUGCAUAUUAUGUAUGAGAUGUAUGAGUCAUGCWGUCCAUUGAAUAUCUACCAGAAAAAAGAGUGCAAAAAGCUGUUUACAACAUUAAAAUUACUUGAAAGAAAA